AUGGCUCUCUCAUCAACCUCUUCCACUAAGAAAGAUCUCACUGAAGAACUCCGAGACGAAUUCUAUUCCAGUACCUAUCGUAAAGUCUUUACCACCACCAAACUUCCUCUCUAUCAUCGCAAACGUGUCUGUAACAUUCUGUGCUCCAUACAAGAAGGUGCACUCAGAAGAAAAAUCUCACGAUACGAAGUUUCCUUCAACGGUACAAUGAAUCAAGUAUUCCAAGUGACGGAAAAUAGGCAAAACCCAGAAGAUGUGAGCAUGUGGCUUCCAAAAUUCGGAUCACACAUCAUUAGAUUUCAAAAUAUUUUAAAUUUGAAUAUUGGCGCCCAAAUUAAAAUUACAUUCUAUACACCGAAUGAUGGCUCGUCGUCGGGUGAGUUGCAGCUAGGUAGAGUGUUGAUUGAUUUGUUUGAUCCGAAGGUUUUUGCAGAGUCGAAGAAUGAGGCUCGUUUGGUGGUGGAUGUUACCGAUUUUGAGAAUAAGAAUCAUGGAAAGGUGGCUGUUUAUAUACAGGCUGAAAAUUUGGUACAACAAAAGUAA